CAGAUAUAUGGAGCGAUCAUUCAUUUCAGACAGACCCGGACUUACCACCUGGAUGGAAAAAAAUCAAUGACAUUGCUGGGAUCUACUAUUGGCACAUACCAACAGGAACAACUCAAUGGCAGCGUCCAGUGUCCAUCCCAACAGAUCUCCAGGGCUCACGAAAAGGAUCCCUUGGUUCCAUUACUCCAUCUCCUACUCCAGAAACUGAGAAACAGCCAUGGAGUGAUUUUGCUGUACUGAAUGGGGGAAAGAUUAAUAGUGACAUUUGGAAGGAUCUGCAUGCAGCCACUGUGAACCCAGAUCCAAGUCUGAAAGAGUUUGAAGGAGCAACAUUACGCUAUGCCUCUUUGAAGCUCAGAAAUGGUCCACAGUCUGAUGAUGAUGAUUCUUGUAGCAUCAACAGUGAUCCAGAAGCCAAGUGCUUUGCUGUGCGAUCUCUGGGCUGGGUAGAAAUGGCAGAAGAAGAUCUGGCUCCUGGAAAAAGCAGUGUUGCUGUGAACAAUUGCAUCAGACAACUCUCUUACUGUAAAAACGACAUCAGAGACACUGUUGGCAUUUGGGGAGAGGGCAAAGACAUGUACCUUAUACUGGAAAACGACAUGCUGAACCUGAUUGACCCCAUGGAUCGCACAGUUCUUCAUUCGCAGCCCAUUGUGAGCAUCAGAGUUUGGGGAGUGGGUCGUGACAACGGCCGGGAGAGAGACUUUGCUUAUGUGGCAAGAGACAAAGACACAAGAAUUCUGAAAUGUCAUGUGUUUCGAUGUGACACACCUGCAAAAGCCAUCGCCACAAGUUUACAUGAAAUCUGCUCAAAGAUUAUGGCUGAACGGAAGAAUGCUAAAGCUAUGGCUUGCAGCUCGUUGCAAGAGAGGACAAAUGUCACCCUUGAUGUUCCUCUGCAAGUAGAUUUCCCAACACCAAAGACAGAACUUGUACAGAAGUUCCACGUCCAGUACCUGGGCAUGCUGCCUGUAGCUAAACCUGUGGGAAUGGACACUCUGAAUAGUGCCAUUGAAAGUCUAAUGGCUUCCUCUAGCAAAGAAGACUGGAUGCCAGUUACCAUGAAUGUUGCUGAUGCUACUGUCACAGUCAUCAAUGAAAGAAAUGAAGAGGAAAUCAUGGUGGAGUGUCGUGUGCGGUUCCUGUCCUUCAUGGGAGUAGGCAAGGACGUUCACACAUUCGCCUUCAUUAUGGAUACAGGCAACCAGCAUUUUGAGUGCCACGUUUUUUGGUGUGAACCAAAUGCAGGCAAUGUAUCAGAAGCUGUUCAGGCUGCUUGUAUGUUACGGUAUCAGAAGUGCUUAGUAGCCAGACCUCCUUCGCAGAAAGUUCGACCGCCCCCACCUCCUGCAGACUCGGUGACAAGAAGAGUUACAACUAACGUAAAAAGAGGAGUGUUGUCCCUCAUUGACACUUUGAAACAGAAACGUCCGGUCACUGAGAUGCCAUAGCUGCGUGAGAGAGAAGAUUCUCGCAACAUUUAACUGAAGACGACAGUAGCUACACUAAGGAAAACGAACUGACGAUGUCUGGCCUUCCAUUUCAAACUGCUGAUGCCUUGUCUUCAGAGAAUCUACCCUUAUCAAAACAAUGUUAGACAAGCAUGUUCUCUCGUUCUUGCCACCAUCAUGUGAUAUGAAAAGAAGCAUGAAUAAUUUUUUUGCUGUCAGUGAGUUACAUCAUGAGCAAUGGAAGGUCUGUUUGAUUGUAAAUACAUGAACGUUACCUAAACUCACACACAAAAAAGAAUGUGGCCACGUCCCUCCCAGUGAACUCAUGCUAAAGUCCUUGGAGU